UUAAGAAUUGAAUUGGCGGAAUUAAUAUUCCGAACUUUUUAUUGCUUUUAGUUUUUUACAUAACCGUAUUUAUUUGCAGUAUUUUUUCAGUCACAUUGUAUUUGUUAUUGUAAUUUUACGAUUGAAAAAUGUCUGAGUCAGAAAAUACUGAUCCUGUGGAUCAAGAAACCAAACAUGAACAUAAUCCAAGAAAACGAAUUCGGCAUCGUAAAAAGCAAUUAUAUGAAAAUAUAAUGAAACAAAUGGAGUUUUACUUCAGCGAUGCGAACCUCAGCAAGGAUAGAUUUCUCGGAGACUUGGUUAAGAGCGAUCCUUUUGUACCACUGAACGAAUUUCUCAAAUUUAACAAGAUUCGUACUCUAACCCAAGAUAUUGGAGAUAUUGUUAAAGCUAUGAAACAUUCGACAUUUUUAGAACUAUCUGAAGAUAAAUUAAAAGUACGAAGAAAAACUCAAAUGAUGCCUUAUGAUGCAGACCUACGAACUAUAUAUGUAGAGUCAAUACCUGUUUCAGCUAGUAGAGAAUGGUUAGAACGAGUCUUCUCUGAUUACGGUGAAGUUGCCUAUAUAUCACUACCAAAGUUUAAGAAUUCACAAAAUAUUAAGGGUUUUGCCUUUAUAGAAUUCUGUACACCACAAGAUGCACAGAAAUGCAUCAAUGCUUUCACAAAAAUGGGCUGCAAGCUGCCAUCCUGCAUGCCUCCAGAGGAAUUGUCAUCUAUAAAAAUGUUCAAUAUUGAUACCAUAGAGGAAACUCCUGAGAAUAAUCCAGAUGUAAAAGAUGAAUAUGAACCACCAAAGAAAAAGACUAAGAAGGUCAAAGAGAAGAAACCAUUGAAGAAUUUAGAAUUGAAACAGGAUAUGGAAUCGGAUAGUGAAAAAAUGAUUGAUACACCAACCGAAGAAAACAAAAGUAUAACAACACCAACUGAGGAAGAUAAAGCUAUAGAUAUUGAUAUAGAAUCAAAAGAAGAAAUGACAAGUCACGAUGAAAUUAAAGAUACCGAUGAUACACCGAGAAAGAAAAAACUAAAGAAAAGGUCUUCCAAAGAGAAGGGCAAAUCGAAAGGUCUUUCAAAAGGAGAAGCUCCAAAGGGCGCCCUUUGGGGCUUACAAGUUUUAUCAAAAUCUGAAUGGAAAUCUCUAAGGAAUAAAUAUUUAAACCUUCAGAGAAAAUAUAUGAGGGAUAUUAAAAUGAAUCUGCGAAAUAAAAGGCAUGCUUAUUCAGGGAUACCAGCACCCGCAGCACCACCUGUAGAAGUUGAACCUGUUAGUACACGAGAUAUAGCUGCCAAACAAGUGGAACCGUUGCAGAAGAUCCCCGGAGUCUUUGUGAAAGAAGUGCUUCCAGAGCCUUGCUUGGAUGUGAGGCUCACGAAGAGAACAAUAAAAAGUAACAUUCACGUGUUACACGUUGACGUUAAAGAAGGACAAACAGAAGUUUUUAUUCGCUUCGAUUCCUCGAAAGCUGCUGAUGAAUACAGCGCGAGUUCGAGCGGGUGCGCGCGCGUGCUGUGCGGCGCGGAGGAGCAGGAGCAGUGGCGCCAGGCGGACGGCGCGCGCGCGGGCAAGCGGGUGCGCGGGCGCGCGCGGGUGUGGGCGCGCGCCGCCGCGCUCGGCGAGCCCGCCGCGCUCGCGCCCGCCUCGCCGCAGCCCACGCACACGCACAUACGAUUCGAAGACGAAUGA